AUGGCUCUCAACGAAGUACCCCCGGAGCCCACCAACCCCUCGCCAGAGGAAGAGAGAAUGACCCCCAAUGAGAGAACCCAAUUGCUGACACCAGAAGACCCCCAGGUGACCCCAUACAACUUGCUGAGUGUGCGUAUUGCCCGGUCGUUCAUCACCGUCUUCUUCGCUAUCUCGGUGAUUGCAUUCCUUCUGCUGACCCUCAAUCUGUUUGUACACGUACCCAGUCUGUACACCAGAGGAGGAGGUUUCCUGUCGUGGUUCUUUUCGCUCAUUGCAGUGACCACCACUGUCAACUCGGCGCUUUUCUUCUCCACCCCCUCGGUCAUGGAGAGACAGAUCCAAUACGCCACCAUCUUCUUGCUGUUUAUCGAUCUAAUCAUUCUGGUUGCCACCCCGCAACUGCGAUAUGGAGAAGUCAUUGCUGGCCUCAUCAUCCCCGUCUGGGCCAUUCUGACCUGCUCUCUGUCAGCCGUCUCAGACCUGAUCGUGCAGUGGGGCAAGAGCACCGAGGAACGACGUCUCACCGGCCGUGUGGAGACUCGAAGAACCCUCGGAGAGUGGCUCAAGGUAUCUGUCAAUCUGCUUUUCAACCUUGUCAACCUGCUUCUGCUCAUCGCCGUAACUCUCUCCAUUACUCUGUUUGCCAUUGAUGCUGCCCGUGUGCCUGUGCCUGGAAAGCGAGUCGAUGUUGACCAUGCCGCCUUCAAGGUCCAUAUCAAUUGCUAUGACCUGCCCGGUAACCACCUGCUCCAGCUCCAGGAUACCCAUCCUCACGUUGCUUCCAGACGACCCGAUCGACCCGAUCCGUCCAAAAAGAACGUUACCAUCUUCGCUGAGGCAGGAUCCACUUCCUCCGAGGUCUACUGGAGUUGGAUCACUGACCUCUACGCCAUGAACGAGAUCCCCCGAGUUUGCACUUGGGAUAGACCCGGAGUUGCCUUCUCCGACGCCAGCCGAGGUCUCACUUCCGCAGGGGACAUUUCUGACCUCCUCAGCGAGGCUCUCACCUCUUUCUUCUCUUCAGAGGAAGAAGGUGGCCAGACCGAGCUUCCUAACCUGCUCAUCGUCGCCCACGGAAUCGGAGGUCUCUACUCUCGUGUGUUUGCCUCCAAGCACAUUUCCAUCGUCAAGGGAAUGAUCCUUAUUGAUACCCUCCACGAAGACCUAAUUUCAGAUACUCUCACCCUGUGGAGAGGUAUCAAGCUCUUUAUUGAAGGAGCCAUCUCUCCUCUCGGCCUCCAGUCUCUCUGGUCUCUUCUAAAGGGCCAUGGCUCUUGGGACCGACUUGUGGGCCCCGACAUGGUCUACACUACCAAGUACCUUGGCUACCAGCUCAAGGAGAACGCUGUUGCCUGGGUUACUCGAUCCGAAGUGCGAGCCUCCAACGCCGUGCUCGUCAACCUGGACAUCCCUGUCGAGAUCGUCUCCUCUUCCCAGAUGAUCAAAAAGUCUAAGAAGUGGAGCGCCAAGCAGCGAGAACUCACUCGUCUGACCAAGGAAAACGUUGGCUGGAAGAUCCUCGAGGGUGGCCACGAUCUGUGGAAGGAGGGCAAGACCAAGAAGGAGCUCCAGGAUAUCCUCCGUGACUUCGUCGAUUACUACAUUUGA